AUGGUCGACUCCGAAUCCGAAGAAUAUGAAUAUGAAUAUGGCACAGAGACUGAGAGCUUUUAUCUCAACCUGGAUCUGACCGCCCACCAUGGCCCAGUGCGCCCUCCACGCCGUCGUCCAAAAGGAGCAACGCCUCUGGAGGAAACACAGAACCCUGCAGAUGAUAUAAGCCAAGCUUUUCCAAGCGAAGCUUAUCCUCCGAUCGAGAGCGCCGAGACCGGCAAUCUCGUGAACGAACGAAUCCAAAUUCUCGACCUCCACACGACCAACCCAAUCAUCUCAUACCACAACCAAAUGUUCAGUUGCUCCUGGGCCGAUCAAAUUGGCACCGAACUAGUUUUUGCCAGUCCAGAUGCAGAAACCGAUCCGGAUAACCACUUCCUCCAACCGCUACACCGUGGCCCCUCCUACGAGCUUAUAGCCGCCAACAGCGUGAAGAUCCUCGGUCGGAAGGCACAGCUCGCCCCCAGCGCUGGACUAGCACAAGCCCAAGGCCCUGCCGAGGGACCCUCAACCACAGGUUCUACCGUCGAGUCCACGGCUUCUCAGGAUGCCGAACCCCUCGGAGUACCCCGUCGUCCCGCGGCGCCAUCCCACCAGGCACAGUUCCUCCACAGGUUGCAGCAGAUCAAGAACGCCAAGGGGGAGGGCGAUACCGUUCGCACGGUCAUGAGUACACGUCGGCAGGUGAAUAUGACGGAUAGACAGCAAGGCUGGGCCCGUACCGAGGCGCAGCUUGCUGAGAUCGAGCGGCUGAACGAACGUGCUUCGAGAGGGGACUCGGAGGCCAAGGCGACUCUUGAAAUGCUGAUUCAAGAGCUCAAUCCUGACGAGGCAGAGUCUGAUUCCGACUUGGAGUUAACGUCUGAUAGCGAUGAUCUUACUUCAUGA